AUGACCCCCGUGGCGCAGCAACAGCCAACUGCGCCAGCCUUCGAGCCCUCUGACUGUAUACCAAUCGCCCAUCUGUCUCCGAGUUCAGCGAGACCAGCCUCCCACAUUCAAGCAAAAGUUGCCCUGGUCUGGCCCUACUCUAGCUCGACAGGCAGCCUUUCCCUACUUCUAGCCGAUCCGGAUAUUCGUCUUCGGAAAUACAAGGGCCAGGUUAGGGUAGUCUUUCGGGAUGGAUGCGCAAGAGAAAUUGCGAAGACCAAAGUCGGCAUCGGAGACACAAUCGAUCUCGCCUUGGUUGGCUGUGAAUGGAAAAACACGGGCGAAACAGUGUCGACCCCGGGCAAAAAGAUAGACUGGGACUUGGAAUUCCACGAUCGGGCCAUCUUGCAAGUCGUUCGCGAUCAGAACCAAACAGCUGUUGUAAACUAUACGGGGCGCGCGUCAAGCUCGCCUCCCACGACAGAUGUUACCACACCAUUAGCUAACCUACAGGCUACUAGCCCCCGGCUCAAUGGUAUUCUCCCUCGCGAACAAAGCACUAUCCAAGUUCAGUUGACACCAUUCAAAUCGACCAGGCAGUACUCCAGUGGCUCUCUUAUUGGUGCUUCCCUGGGACCCUUCGCCGAAGAUGAUGGCUAUGUACUUGGCAAAGGCCGCAAACGUACCAAGUUCGCGAGGAAUAGUGGUGCCUGGAGUCUUGUGGAUUCAGAAGACGCAGAGGAGCCGAAUCGUAGUAUACAGACAAACUUGAACGAUGCAGAGCCUAUGCCUCCGGGCCUAUCUCCACAGCAGGCGGAGAUAGAUUUCACCUCAGAUCGUACUGGAGAUAAUGCAGACCAACCAACUGAGGCUGGCAUUGUCUCGAAAUCUGCCACUUCUUCAUCUCCUGUGCCCCAUACGCCAAACCGAGAGACCGAGGAAUCCUUCAGCCUACGGCCCUCUACAGCAGCGACAGAAGAACAUACGAUAUCCACUACAGUCGUUAUGGGGCCUCCUUGGACACCGUUAAGGGCUUUGCCACUGGAUCGCACUUCUAACAAAGCCAUCAGUGAUCAAGCACCUAGCGAAGAGCAGUAUGAUGAGACCUCAACGCCUCGGAUUCUUCCUCUUGCAUCUCCAGGUCUUCCACUAGUCUCGCCACUGAUACGGCGUUCCGGUGUUGAACUCGGCUAUUUCCCGCUGCACCGGGAGCCUAUGUCUCAACUAGAAGCAUCAGGGGAAGGUCAAGGAUUUCCAGCGCUUCGUCAAAAUGGUACGGCUGGUGCUGAUUAUGUUACUCUCGUCUCCGACGAUAUGGCCCCUCUCUCAGAGGAGACUUUUGUUCAGAGACAAGCGUCUAGUGGGGAGAAUCCAGGAGCUCAUGGUGUGGAUGAAGAUGUCCAUGGCGAAGAAGCUCAUGAAAAUACAAUCCCAAAGCGUCUCGACUCAAGGUCCAUUUCUCCAGAUUUGAACAGCCUUCAGAAUGGUGCUCUUACAGCACGACCAGGACUACUAGAGGACGCAGACGACGAGCAGGCACUUACCCCGUUAGAGGAACGCCCAGCUCUCCAGGUUGUCGCAGGACCAGAUACAGAACCAGUGGAGAUCGAGGACGACGAUCUAUAUGGAGCCCCUAAGGCAACUCCAAGGUCAAGCAUCUUAGUUGCAAACUUGACCUCACUUCAACAGCCACAAAGCUCUGCGGAUACUGUCGAGCAAUAUCUACAAAUGUCUCCGACAACGACUAUUCCUUACGCAGCAGGUAGCUCUAUAUCAGACGUUCCCCAAUCACCAGCCUCGCAACACUCCCCUGCACUGGACUCGUCCAGUGUUUCUUGGGAAGGCAAAAUGACAGUCGUUGCUGUUGAAUGCCAGUCUCUUGGUACAUACCCAGUACCCCCGUUCCCAUUCAAGAAGAACUGGCAUAAAGCAAAGGGCUCCGGUUCGUCAAGCCGGCGAUCGUCUCGUCACUCACAACAUCAGUCAUUAGACGGGAACGUUGACGGGGAUGAUAGCUUUCCGCUACAUCAAAGCGAGGUUCAUGAGAGCCCACUUUACCCUUUGGAAGCUCCUGGUGCAGGACGAAUAGAAGACCAAUCUGUGGCAUCUGAAAAAGACGUACAUGGAACUUUAGGAGAGUCCCAAGAAACAAUGGACAUAGAUUCUGUUGAUGACGUCGUGACCAUUUCCACUGACGAAGACCAUUCUGUCGGGCCGGAUAUCGAGGAGGUCGUUGAGGUUUCACCUGCAUCUGAUGCUACGCACAGGCAGGAGCUACCAGGACAGCUUCUGACUCCUGAUCAGACACAGCGAGACCGGAUUGAGAUUGACUCGGAAUCUGCGAUCAAUUCUGCUAACCAACAGCCACUCUCGCUGAUCGAACCUCUCUCACCCCGUCCCACCCAAGAAGUAACAACAACCGUGCAGUUACAGGAAGAAGUGCAGAUGCAAAUAAGGCAUGAGAGUGCCACUCCUACGGUAUCCACGCCUGAGUCGAACCCGGAGCCAGGGCAAACGACAUACCGUCGAACCUUCCAGCGACUCUCUGUCAGGAAAUCAGUCAUGUCGGCCAACAUUUCCAGUCCAUAUUUCACGCCUCGCAAAGAAACGCCAGAGGUUUCAUCGCCAUUGUCCCGAAAUGAAACCCUGACUGUUCCGGAACCGGUCGUCAGUAGUCUCCCGUCAUCUCCGACGCAUGAGCCGUCCAAGUCUGUGAAGUUGCCUCUCUCAGUUCACGAAGUAGGUCACGCUGGUAUUGAUAUGACAUUCCCAGAAGAGAGAAACCAGAAUGGAGAGGUCGCGCAACAACGAAAAGGGACCACCACAUCUCUGUCGUAUUAUCCUCACCUUACUUCUAUACCCGAGCAUUUCGGAGACUUGGUUGAUGUUAUCGCCAUUUGCGUUAGGAGGUCGUCCGAGCCUCAGCGAUCAAAAUCAGGACCCAAGGACUACUACACCACCUUGCGACUUGCAGACCCUUCACUGGACUCUGAAGAAGUAGCCACCACUGCUCAGAUUUUCCGACCUGUCAAGAGUGCAUUGCCGGUGACAGAGUACGGUGAUGUUGUUAUCAUGCGGAAUCUAAAGGUUCAGACUUUGAAUAGACAGUACAUGCUGUUGAGCACUGACACUUCUUCUUGGGCUGUUAUCAAGGUCUCCAAUAGAGCCGAGCCGCCAAUGUGGGAUGCUGUCGUUUCAGGCCCGCCCAUCGAACAUGGUCCGGGGGAGGCAUUGUACGUGGAAUCUCUCCUUCGCUGGUGGGAAAAUGAUGGCGAAGAACAGUUUCCAGAUCGACCGACUUCAGAGCAAGAAAGAGGGAAUACAUGGGACGAGUCCAGUCACCAAGGGACACCGGCAUUAAGUCGGAUCAAAGAGAACGUUCUCUCUCAUAACUGGGCACUGCCUGCCAACCGUCGCAAGGCGAACUUUACAGACAAUAUCAACAACGACGGCGAAACAGACGAAGUGGUCGUAGAAGACGAUCUGGACGAGACCACCCCUCUUGACGACAAGACAAACCGGCGUCGAGAAUCUACAGUCUCGACGGCACGCUCCACCACGAGAGAUCUGGGCAAAGAAUCUACGCCUCGACGCAGCGUCAAAAGCCGAGCAUCCCCUAACUUGGUGCAUGAACUGAGGGACGGCACCAAAUAUGUGGACCAUGACCGGCGGAGAAGUGGGAGUGUGAUACAUGAGUUGCGAGAUGGAGCGACAUAUGUGGAUGACUGA